AGAUUUUGAGGAUUUAAAUGAAAUAUCGUCGAAAGAAAAGAAAGCAAGAAAGAGAGAAAGAGAGAGAGAGAGAGAGAGAGAGAGAGAGAGAGAGAGAGAGAGAGAGAGAGAAAUAAAUCUGAAAAAAAUUACGCUUUCGCGUUUGUAGCAGCAGAGAAACGCGACUUUUGUAAUACUUCUCUAUAUCUACAUAGAACCCGCGUAUUCGAUGGCGAAGCCAUUGUUAUCUGUUAUUUGAAAAGCUUGAUGAUGGACGGAUAACGUAAUAUCGUAUUCGAAAGAAACUCGAAUUUUCUUAUGGGAAUUUCUUUGGAGAAACAAUCGCAGAGAAAUGUUUCUGCUUUUCUUCGUAAAUCGAUCUGCUACGAAGCAAACCACACACGCUUUAGGGGAUUCUUCGAUGAUAUGCGUGCACGCGUCGUGUGUCUACAUAAAUAACACCACCGAGAGUUUUCGUUUCCACUAUGUGGAAAACGGAAUAUUCGUUCUCGACUUAUCAACGCGUAAAAUCGAAUAUUCCCGAGUGAUUCUAAUUUAUUAUUUAUUUAUUUAUUUUCAACUUUAUCGUCCAAUGUGAAAAGCUUGUUUAAAUAAAAAGAGUAAGAUCACCAAUCGCUAUUGGUUGUGUCAGGGUUGCUUGCGUCAGGGUUGCCAGAUGCGACAUUUUUUUUUUUUUGUUAUUGUAAUCGUACCAACACAGAAAUUAGAUUUUAGGAAAAAAAAAAAAAAGGAAAAAGAAAAGAAAAGAAAAAAAAACUAUAAGUUAGAUAUUUUAAAUAUAAUUAAUACGAGCGAUAUAUCUAUUUCAUGAUAUAGAUUAUUGAUGAAUACGUAGGGAUGAUAUUUUGAAAUUUGUAAAAUCAUAUUAAUCUAGUGUAAAAUAAUCGAGAUUUUAGUACAAUUUAGUAUGAUUUUAAUAUCUUCGUAUUUUAAAUAGAAAUGUAGAAAAUCGGCUAAAGGUUACGAUAUGACUGUGAUCUUACUCGAAUGAAAAGUUUCGAAUAUAUAAACGUGCUUUUUGUAUUUCUAUUUGCAUAGUAAAUGAUAUACAUACGUAUACACACAUAUGUGUAUAUAUAUAUAUAUAUUUUCAAAAAUUACAUGAAUUUGAUAUAAAAUUAUAAAUAUCGUAAAAUUAACGAAAAUCGUAUAUAAAUCGUUAAGCAAUUUUCUCGUCGUUAAAACAUAAUCCAAGGCUAUUUCAAUUUUAUAUUUCCAUUUUUUACGAAUUUCUAAAAUAAUGUUAAAAUAAUAAUACUUUGCGUAAAAUUCAGAUAUAACGCGCCUUUCACAAUAAAUUUUCACCGCCGUAAAAGUUCAAUAUUUUUCGACACGUUUUUUCAAUCUCGAAGAGGUUAAGGUUCAACAUUUUGCAACGAACGCGCGACAAUGAUCGAUCAAUCGAAUGAUCGAUCAAUCGAUCUAUCUAUCUCACAGAACAUUAAUGUUCGACGUUUAGAUAAUAUUUUGAUAUAGAAAAUGGCACAGGCUGGUACAUGCUAGCAGAAAAAAAAAAGAAGAAGAAGAUGAUAGAGAAAAAAUAGAAAGACAUAAACUUGUCCGAUUACCAUCAAUGAAAAUAUUAUAUCCUUGCUAAGGUUCCUCCUUCCGGGAACAUGUAUUAAAACGAAUAGUCAAGCGCAACAUUAUCGUUCUGCGACAUGCAAACUUUUGACGGUGUGCCCGUUUAUUGCCCUUCCUACAAGGCUCUAUAGAAUAUCGGUUAUAAAGCAGCACACAUGAUCUAAAUUUCGACAAUGAAUAUGAACGAGAACGAUGAAAGUUCGACAAAGUCCGAGAAGAUAAACGUUUGGAAGGAUGUCCUUGGCUCACCGAGAUAUAUUGUUGCACCGAUGGUCGAUGCAAGCGAGUUGGCAUGGAGACUACUUUCUCGACGUCACGGUGCGCAACUAUGUUACACGCCCAUGCUACAUUCUUCGGUUUUUUUAAGAGAUCCAAAAUAUAGGAAAGAAGCUCUUAUCAGUAUACCGGAGGAUCGACCCUUGGUUGUACAGUUCUGUGGCAACGAUCCAAACACUUUGCUGGAAGCAGCGCUUUUGGCAGAACCUUAUUGCGAUGCCAUAGACAUUAAUAUCGGUUGUCCCCAAGCAAUUGCAAAGCGUGGACGCUACGGUGCUUUCUUACAGGACGACUGGGAUCUUCUUCGAGCGAUCGGUGUGUGUGUGCGUUUGUAUGUUUUCAAUACGGUGAGCACGGGACUUCGCAUACCCCUUACUUGCAAGCUACGAGUAUUUCCAGAUAUAGAUAAGACGAUUGAAUAUGCUCGAAUGCUCGAAAAUGCUGGUGCUAGUUUGCUCACUGUACAUGGUCGUACGAGGGAUCAAAAGGGUCCUUUAACGGGAUUAGCAUCUUGGAGUCACAUUAAAGCCGUUAGAGAAGCUGUUAAAAUCCCAGUAUUGGCAAACGGCAAUAUACAAUGUCUGCAAGAUAUCGAUAGAUGUAUUUUGGAAACCGGUGUUCAAGGAGUUAUGACAGCGGUAGGCAAUCUUUACAAUCCAUGUAUAUUCGAAUCUUGUUAUCCACCUUGUUGGGAACCAGCCUUGGAAUAUUUAGACCUCGUAGAAAUCUAUCCAGCACCAGCUUCUUACAUACGAGGCCAUUUGUUCAAACUAUUCCAACGCAUACUUUGUUUAGCAGAAAACAAAGAGGAAAGGGAUAACCUGGCUACGAAUUCCACUAUGGAAUCGUUCAGACGAGUUGUCGAAAAUUUAAGGGAUCGGUAUCAGCCGUAUCACGAGGGCAAUCGAUUGUGGUACGAAGAAAAAAGUGAUUACAACUUGAACUUACCCCCGUGGUUAUGCCAGUCCUAUGUACGUGAUUCACCGCAGGAACAUAUAGACAAAAUAGAGGCAAAGAAAAUGGAAAUGAAAAAUGUAUCUGUGAAAAGAAAAUAUGAGGAUGAGGAAGGAAAUCAAAUAUCUCAUAAACAUUUCAAAAAGUUACGACGAAUAACGCUGCGUCCGUAUAGGUCAACUACUCUUUGCCAGGGUUGCCCAAAUCCUGUGGGCUUUAAAUGUGAUCACAAGUUAUGUCGCCAAUGCUGUAGGAAGAAGUGCUUUACGGAAAAGUUGAUCUGUGUCGGGCAUAGAAAUUUGCUGAAUCAAAAAGUAAAUGGCAAUAGAAUAUGAUGCACAACGACAGAAUGUUCAGAAUAUGAAAUGAUAUUGUAUAAAAAAGAUGUUAAAUAAAUUAUGUAAAUAAAUUAAGAUCAAAAUCUUA